AUGGCUUACACCCCGGAGAACACAAACAAGAAGGUGACUGCAAGAUGGUUGGCAACUACAUACAGGGAAAAAAUAAGAGCUCAUCAUGACAUAUCGAUUGCAGCCAUUCAGAAGUGGGUGGAUGACGAUUUCAAAAUCAAAGUCACAUUUUCCAAGGCAUACAAGGCGAGAUGCAUAGCACAAUGUGGAGGUGAUGAUUACAAUGUCAGAAGAUGCACAUAUCCAGUCCAGAAAGAAAAUGUUGCACAACACUCGAGGUUGAAUGACCGAUGUCAAAAAUGUAAAAGAAAUGGUAGUACCGCAACUGAUGCAUCAUCCGAUGAAUCGAUGCAACCAGCCGAAAUGGUUGACCGUUCCCCUGCAGUAACAAACCAGUUCUGUUUAAAACUUACAGAUCAUAGUGUAGCAGAACAAGUCAACCUAAAUGAUAACCCUCCAAACAAAGGAAGCGAAUGUCGGCCGACACCGACGCCACCAUCUGAUGUCCUGAUUUAUGAUGUGGAUACUAAUGGUUCAGUCGGAGCAGCAAAUCAGGAGGUUCCUGCAGCACCUAAAGGAGAUGUCGUGGCUUCAAAAGCUAAUGGACGCUCAAAUGAGGUUAAAAAUAAAACAUCAUUGUCAGCUGGAAGGAAACUAAGAAUCAAGCUUAAGGCUUGUUGA